CUAAAUAUUGUAUUACGCAAACAUGCACAUUGCACAGUGCUCGUUUUGAAUAUUAAACGUCGCCACCUCUGGUGUCAGUGCAUAUACCUAUCAUGUUAUAAGGAUUAUUUAAAUUUAAAACAUACUUACGUGUAAAAUCUGACUGUGACAAUAGUGACAAAUAAUAAUAUUAUGGAUUAUAGAAUGUCUAUCCUGUCACAAGUGAUAGACCAAUGAACUCCUAGCACUAAACUUUAUCACAAUCGUAGCAACGAAAAUAUUUUUUAGUUAUUCAUAGUUUUUGUGCUGUGGAAUAGUCACGUUUUAAUCUGUGUUUUAAUAUUUUUAUAAAAGAUAUAUAUACGUGACCUACGUCGUCAAUACGAUGAUUUUAAAAGUCAUAUCUUCCACCAUUAAGACGGCUUACACGGUGACGUGCUUAAAGUUGAAGGAUGACAAAAAAAUUAGAUUAAUCCCUGGAGCACUUAUUGCAUUAGGUGUAUCAUAUAGUACUGUAGCGGCAAAAUCAUUAGCUAUCGACAAAUUCAUGGCAGACACUGUUACAGAUUUACAAACCUUAAAUAGUAGACCUGAAGAUAUGAAAACAAUCAUGGAACUUAUGAUUAUGAAUAUACAAGCUGAAUUUUGUCGAGCACUUGAAAAAGAAGAACCAAGAGAAAAAUUCAAAGUAGAUCGAUGGUUGAGACCUGAGGGUGGUGGUGGAGUUACAUGUGUAAUGCAAGAAGGAGAAGUUUUUGAAAAAGCUGGUGUUAAUGUUUCUGUAGUUCAUGGUAAUUUACCUCCCAGAGCAAUAGAUCAAAUGAGAGCUAGAGGUAAAAAUUUUAAAGGCGGUCAAAUACUUCCAUUCUUUGCUGCAGGUGUCAGUGCAGUAAUACAUCCUCGCAAUCCCUAUGUGCCUACUAUACAUUUUAAUUAUAGAUACUUUGAAGUCACUUUGCCUGAUAAAACAGUAGAGUGGUGGUUUGGCGGAGGUACUGAUUUAACCCCUUAUUAUCUAAAUGAAGAAGAUGCAGUCCAUUUUCAUAGCUCAUUAAAAAAUGCUUGUGAUCAACAUGACAAAGCAUAUUAUCCUAAAUUUAAACGUUGGUGUGAUGACUAUUUCAAUAUACCACAUAGAGGAGAACGAAGAGGAGUAGGUGGUAUAUUUUUUGAUGAUCUAGACUCUCCAUCUACAUUUAACUUUGUAAAGAGUUGUGCCCAAGCAGUCAUCCCUUCAUAUAUACCUUUAGUACAAAAGCAUAAAAAUGAUUUAUACACUGACAAAGAAAGAGAAUGGCAAUUACUUAGACGAGGACGGUAUGUUGAAUUUAAUUUGAUAUAUGACAGAGGUACAAAAUUUGGUCUAUAUACACCAGGAGCUAGAUAUGAAAGUAUACUUAUGUCACUUCCUUUGACUGCAAACUGGAAAUAUAUGCACAAUCCAGAUCCCGAAAGUAGAGAAGGAAAAUUAACAGAAGUUCUAAAAAAUCCAAAAGAUUGGAUUAAAAUAGAAUAAAAUUACUUAGUAAGUUAAGAAACUUAAUUUCUAUUAAUUGAUAUUCUAAAGAAUAUAGUUUUAAAUUUGAUGUUAGAGUAAAUAGUAUCAAUUCAGAAUAAGUAUUCUGUCCGUAAAUAUUAACAGACAAAAAAGUAUUUUUAAAUUUGUUUUUCUGUAUUACUAUUUAAUGACCAUAUAUUUAUAAUGUUAUUUAUGUAAGUUAAAUUAUUUGAUAUAUUAAAUAUAUAUUAUAUUAUUGUUAAUAAUGAGGGUAUUUUUAAAUAAAAUAAUAGUAUAUUUUCUUAAAAUAUCAAUUAUUACUUAUUACUUAUUUGUUAUUACAUUUUUGGUGUAUGGAAAUUUUGUUAAAAUUAUUAUUAUUUUUUUAUUAUUAAUCUAUGACCUUGUAUUUUAUCACAGAUUGAAAUCGUUAUUCGAACCUAAGUAAUAAACCUUCAUUAAUUUUUUUAAUUAAUUUAUAUUUUAAAUAUUGUCAACAUGUGUUAAACUAUUUUGAUUUGUUAUUAAUUUAAAUUUAUUUGGAAAAAGGUUAUUAAGGUUGAAUCAUAGUUUUAACACAUAUUUAAUUAUGUAUUAAAAACUCAUAUUUAAAUAUGAAGCCAAUUAUAUUAUACUAAAACUUGUGUGUGUUUAGUUUGAUAUAUUAUUACAUAACUAGACAACUGAAAUUUAAAAAAAUAUUGAUGUACUCUAAGGUAAGUUAUUAUGUCCUGUUUAAAAAGAGUUUGUUACAUGUUGAGCAUCAUGUUUCCUUGUACCUACAAAUUUUGAAUGAGAUGUGUUCGUCCGAAUUUUAGUAGAGUCCUGUUUGAUCCUGAUAUCUUUAUAUUAUUAUACUUAGAUGGUACGUAAGAGAAAACCAUGUAAGUACCCGAAAAAUAAAAAAAAAAUGUAUAUAUUUUCAAUUUUUA